AUGUCAACAAAGGCUGGCAUCAUCCAGUACAUAUCAGACCUACACCUAGAACUUGGCUGCCAAUACUCGACAUUCGACUUCCCCGUUGAGGCCCUUUACUUAUUGAUUGCCGGGGAUGUCGGCAGCCUGGCCGACUACGAAGAAUACCUUGCAUUCAUUCGUCGCCAGACGGAUCGUUUUGAGGGCGGCGUGCUCCUCGUCCUCGGCAACCACGAGUUCCACGGCCUCGACUACGAGGCCACAAUCGCCACGGCGCGAAAGCUCGAGGCCGAGCCGUGUCUGAGAUCCAAGCUCCGGGUCUUGCACCGAGGCAGGUUCGACAUUCCGGGCUCGGAUGCCACGGUUCUGGGGUGCACUCUAUGGUCUCUGGUCCCGGAUGAGGCGAGAGAGGCGGUCGAGGGCAAGGUCAAGGAUUUCAGGCACAUUGGGGGGUGGACCGUCGACGUCCACAACGCGGCCCACUUCGGGGACGUUUCUUGGCUGAAAGAAGAGUUGCGCGAGCUACCGGAGGAUAGGUCGGUGGUUGUGGUCACGCAUCACGCGCCUUCUUUGGAGACCGCCACGAUGCCAAUCAACUACAGUAAAUGGGACGCGCUGGAGCUCAGCGACGAUUCCGACGUCGAAGUCCACCCCAACGUCGACAAGCGCUCCUUCAUCCGCGCCAAGCAGAACCAGAUCCACCAGGAACGCCUCCAGCGCAAGCACCAGAUCGAGACGCUCAAGUACGAGCGCAUCAUCAACGAUGGCCUCAUGAAGCGCAUAUCCGCCCUCCUCGACGCCCUCAAGUCCCACGCCGACGAGGCCGAGACCCGCAGCCCCGGUGAGGUCGCCUUCCAGGCCGUCAUGGAGUCCGCCGGCAAGCCCGAGGACGACCAGCCGCCCCCGCGCCCCGAGGGCAUCCACGCCGAGUCCGAGCCCCUGCCCACCUUCUCCAAGAUGAUGGCCGUGCUGCUCGACCAGGUCAACAAGGAGCUCGACGAGAAGAAGCCCGAGAACCGCUACAAGGGCAUGCUGGAGGGCGUCGAGGGACACCUCAAGAAGGUGCAGGGCCUGCAGAAGGAGCUCCUGGCCAAGCUGGCGGAGCUCGAGAAGGAGGAGGGCCGCAAGAUCACGAGCGAGGGCAUCCACACCGGCUUCGACAGCUCGCACGUCAACAAGUCAAAGUCGGAGGGCAAGGAGCCGGAGCGCAAGCCGGAGCUGCUCAACCCCAACUUCGACAUGACGCAGUCGCUCCCGCCCAAGAGUUCCGGUGACAUCUACGGCGACGACGAGGAGAUCGAGGCGACGCCCGCCGCGCAGAAGUUCGCGCAGAUCAAGGCCGACGACUACUCAUCUAGCUUGUCGUACCUGUCCAAGAACCCGCAGAUCCUCACGGAGAAGGAGACGGACGGCCUGCUCGUCCUCGCCUUCGACGCGGCGCUCGAGGGCAAGGACGACUUCUGCCGGCAGUGCGUGCACCAGGCACUGCUGCUGCAGUACUGCCGGGCGCUCGGCAAGGACGGGGUGGGCAUGUUCUUCAAGCGCAUCACGACCAAGGGACACCAGGCGCAGGACGUCUUCUACAAGGACGUGCAGGACACGUACGGCAAGAUCAGGAACCGCGCGCGGGAGAUCGUCAAGGAGAGGGCCAGCGAGCCCGAGGGCGUGGAGCAGAUCCAGCUGCACGCCGUCGAGCCCGGCACGGAGAUCAAGAUUACCAUCCCGCCCAAGGACAGCGAGGACCCGGAGGUCAAGGAGGGCCGCGCCAUCUUCGAGGCGUUCAGCCCCGAGUUCCAGACGGCGCUGGAGAGCGGCAGCCUGGACAAGGUCAACGAGGUCUUGGGCAAGAUGAAGGUCGACGAGGCGGAGGACAUCGUCGGCAAGCUUGGCGAGGCCGGCAUCUUGAGUCUCGAGGAGCAGAUCAUCGACGCCACGACGGAGGAGGGCAAGAAGGCGCUCAAGGACAUGGAGGCAGCGGCCGGAUCCGAGUCUGGAUUCGCGCCUGACCCGGAAUAA